AUGGCGACCAAGAACAUCCAGAACGUUGCCGUUGCUGGGGUCAACGGUAACCUUGGCCCAGCCGUACUUCACGCGCUCAUCACUUCCGGGCUCUUCAAGAUCACCAUCUUCACUCGGCUCAAGGCCGAAAACGACGCUGGGAUUCGUUCUCCUUCGUCAACCUCAGCGCCCAUCCAGGUUCCAGUCAACAGUAACGGUAAUUGCAGUGACAGCGGAAAUAGUACCGGAACCCCCAAGCCCAGUAUUCAAACUCUCCCAGUCAAUUAUGACUCUGUCGACGAUCUGACCACCCAUCUAACCGCCCACUCCAUCCACGCCGUGGUCUCGCUACUCCCCCACACGGCGCCCGACAAACAAAUGAACCUGAUCCAGGCCGCAGUCGCAGCCGGUGUCUAUCGUUUCAUCCCCUCUGAGUUUGGUUCCGACCUCGAUAACCCAGUAAACCGGGCUGCGCCGACCUACAAGGGCAAGGUGAACAUACAGGAGCUUCUCAAAAGACUAGCCGCAGAGAACAAGAUCAGCUAUACGAUCAUCUAUAACGGUGCUUUCCUGGACUGGGGCCUGACACACGCGUUUCCGAUCGAUGUAGGGAAGAGGACCGCGGUGUUGUAUGAUGGGGGUGAGAGGGUCUACAGCACGACCACGCAACCUACGAUCGGGCAUGCGGUCGUGAGUGUGCUCGCCAACCCUGAGGAGACUAAGAACCGAGUCGUGCGAAUUGCCGAGGCAAACGUCACGAUCAAGCAGCUGCUCUCACUAGUACAGGAAGUCGUCGGCGACAAGGACUGGACCGUAAAUGAAACGGAUAUAGAUCAGGAAGUCGAGAAAGCGUGGGCUCUGAUCAAGCAGGGCGUGUUCAGCUUCGAGUCCAUGAUGCCAUUCAUUUAUCGUGCUGGUUGGGGUAAGGAUGCUGGGGGGCAUUUCGAGACGACGGAUAAUAUUCUGCUUGGGGUCGAUGAGCUGGAUACUGAAGGGGUCAAAAGGGUAAUCGAGGGUGUAGUGAAGAAGUUGCGAGACGAAGCAUUCUCGCAUUAG